AGUACACAUACACUCCAUAUAAUAAUCGGAUGCAUGUAUAAGAGACGAGAGGCUUCGUCAUGUCGACCACGGGUCCCAUAAGCAAUUAUUAUGUGGAUUCCUUGAUAAACCAUGAAAGCGAGGAGGUGCUGGCGACUCGAUUUUCGGCUCCCGACUUGCUUCCCACUAGCUCCCGUCAAGCGUCGCUUGUACCGGAGUGUUCCGAUUUUCCUUCUUGCAGCUUUGCUCCGAAACCUACCGUUUUUACCACCUCGUGGGGCCCAGUCCACUCCCAGUCCUCAGUGGUUUACCACCCGUACACUCACCAACCUCACUUAGGAACGGACUCCAGGUACGUGCGCUCGUGGCUGGACCCUUUAUCUGGAGCCGUAUCCUUCCCAAGCUACCCGACAAGCGGCAGGCACUAUGGGCUGAAACCUGACGCCAUCUCGGAACGCAGAUCCGCAGACUGUGUGGCCUCCAACGGACGCAGCUACUCGGACUAUCUCUACGGCUCAUCCGCUGACAUCAGAGAUAAGGCUCAUCAGAAUAUCUCCUCUCCAGAGUCUGAGGUUUUGGCUUCCGGAAAGCACAAAGAAGACAAACCUGAAUUAGACCCGAAUAACCCUGUGGCGAACUGGAUCCACGCGCGCUCCACCAGGAAGAAGCGUUGUCCAUACACAAAAUACCAGACACUAGAACUCGAAAAGGAGUUUUUGUUCAAUAUGUAUCUUACCAGGGACCGUCGAUACGAAGUUGCUCGAGUGCUAAAUUUAACAGAGCGGCAGGUUAAAAUCUGGUUCCAGAAUCGGCGAAUGAAGAUGAAGAAAAUGAAUAAAGAAAAGACCGAGGUUAAUGAACAGUAAUGUGAAAACACCGAGGGCAAUGGACAGUAAUGCCCGAUGGCUGGUGUAGCUAAAUGCAGGAAAAACAGAGCAAUGCAUUCGGAAAUAUACAAAUAACAGACUGGAUAGAAAAAAGUCUCCCUCUUUAUAAUGUCCCUUUGAUUUGUAUGCUAAUUUCAAAUUUUGCUAUAUUUCACAUAAUGCAAACUCUUUUUUACACACACAAAUUAUUGACACCGGGCUGUACACAUUGGCCGGGUGGGUUUUAGAACGACUAAAGCUAUUGCGAAUUGAAUUGUUAUGUUCUUAUUUGGUUUAUAAGAAAAAAAAUACCUAUAUAGUGAGAGGAAAUAAACACAUUUUCAAAAAGUUAAAGGUGGCCAGAGGAAAGUACUUGAAUUUUUUUGUUGGCAAAUUAUGUCGCAAUGCUUGUUUAAUUUUAGUUGAUGCUUUCUAUGAAGUUAUGCAAGUUUGCAUAUUUUGUACAGAGAAAUAGAAUAGCAAAAUGGCAGUAACAUUUGUCUGUGUUUGCGUCAAUGUGGGAAUAGAUUUUUGAUGUACCCAUUGUUGUAUUUUUGCAUUCUUAUCUGUAGAUUCUGUAAAGUUAUGUUAUAUUGUAGAUUGUGGUUAUAUUUAAAUAUACCGUACAUCACCAAGUGUUCAUGUGUUUGCUCCUUUGAUACGUGUGC